CCAUCUGGUCACACUGCGGAAAUCAUAAUAAUAAGGAACCAUAAUCAAUAGCGGGGGAUUAUAGUUGAUAGCAAAAGACGUAGCGUCCGCAGCACGAUGAGUUUCGACGACGUGAUCUACGUGAUCUGCCUGCUGGCCUGCAUCGGCGCCGGGAGCUAUGUGAAGAAGAUCUCGGACGAGGGCCAGCGGAAGCUGGUGUCCACGGCGCUGGGCGUGCUUGUGGUUGUGAUCGUGUCGGGGCUCCACAGCCUGCACUGCUUCAUUUCCCUGGCCCUGGGCACCUCCGCCGUGCUCCUGGUGCACCCAAGCAAAGGACACCUGGUCACCUUCGUGGUCAUGUUUGGAUACCUGGUGUUCUUCCGCCUCUUCGACUUCUACCUGGGCAUUCCCGGACACACAAACAUGAUCCAAAUGGUGCUCACCCUGAAGGUUUCGGGUAUCGCCUUUGAGAAGACAGCCGCCUGGAAACGCCUGAGGGCUCGCGACGAGCAGAAGAAGAACGACCAGCGGGACGUGAACCAGGAGAGUCUGGUGGAGAUCACCGACUACGAUGAGGAGCUGCAGACACUGGGUGCCGCCGAAAUCCUGCAUUAUAGCUUCAACUACAUCGGAGUUCUUACAGGUCCCUAUUAUCGGUAUCGCACAUACAGAGACUACUUUGAGAUGCCCUUUAAGACCCAUGCUCCCAGUGUUGAGGCCACCCUGGAGAAGCUUAAAUAUGCCGUCUUCUACUGUGCUCUAUACCUGGCCACAAACUACAUUUGGCCACUGGAUUAUGCUCUGAGCGAUGAGUUCUUCAACGAUCGCUCCUUUGUCUACCGCCUGCUGUACGUUUGGCCCACGUUCUUCACAUUCCGCGCCCGCAUCUACACUGGACUGACCCUGAGCGAGUGCGUCUGCACAAUGGCCGGCUUUGGAGCCUAUCCGGAUGAGUCGGAUCCCACUAACGGCGAGGGUCCUCGGAAACGCUACCAGCACCUCAAGCGCGAUGCGGAGAAGCACACGUACAACUUUAACACCAUUGUAAAUACGAGGGUGCUGGAGGUGGAGCGCUGCUGGACCUUCCGUGAGGGCAUGAAGCACUGGAAUGUGUGCGUCCAAUACUGGUUGGCUGUUAACGUGUACAAACUCUUCCCGAGCAAGAAAUACAGGACUGGCGCCACUUUGCUGUGCUCCGCCUACUGGCACGGAUUCCGACCGGGACACUACUUCUGCAUCAUGGGCGCUCCCUUUUACGUUGCCCUGGAGGACAUGUGGGACAAGCUGGUGCGCAAAACAGCCACUGGCACUAACCGCCGUGUAAUCGACGUCAUCUUCUGGAUCUUCAAGUGGUUCGCCUUCAGUUACUUGGGCGAGGCCUUCCUGCUCUCCUCGUUUGGCAAGAUCUGGCGGUACUAUAGCUCGGUCUAUCACAUUGGUUACGUCAGCUGGGCGGCGAUGAUUGCGUUAGGACUAUACCUGACCAGUCAGAAGAAGGCCGCCGAACGUAGAAAGAACCGUGCGGCAGACAAAGCAGCUGCCGGAGAUGGAAUCGCUGCCGCAGUGGAUAAGGAAAAGGCUCAGUAGUUUAUCAAUUACUCGGCCACCAAUAUCCCUAAUUGGUAGAUCAAUUCAUGGACAACUUAUAAAAGUUUUUCACCACAUAUUCUAUCGGAGGAAUUUAUACGUUCUACAAAACUUCUAUUGUAAAUGAUCAUUAUUUUUUAGAGACGUCGUUCUCACAUUCUUUUAUCAAUUUAAUUAUGUACAAAAGUGGUAUUGUUACGCCUUCUACCGGCUUCCAUCCAAACUUCUUCUGUGGAAGGUGAUGAUAUUAUGAAUAUAAAAUAUUAGUAGAGUUAGGCAUCUAAAAGUUACUGAGAAAGAUUAUUAUAUAUUUUAACCAAAGAAAUUAAAACGAAAAAUGUAUAAAUAUUAAAACCUGCUAUGAUAACUCAAUUCCAAAUUAAAACAUGACCUACAUAUAUAUUUCCAAAAGAA